AUGUUGCAGAGGAUGUUCGGUGAAUCGACUAUGUCGCAGAAAAAUGUUUAUAAGUGGUACAAAGACUUCAAAGAAGGCAAAGAACGUGCUGAUGACUUGAAACGCUCCGGACGACCAUCAACGUCAACUGAUGUGCAACACGUAAAGAAAAUCAAGGAAUUGGUGCUCGAAAAUUAUCGAUUGACAAUUAGAGACCUUGUCGAUAUGGUUGGCAUUUCAAUUGGAUCAGUUCAAACAAUUUUGAAGGAUCAUUUGGGCCUUAGAAAAGUCAAAUCUUGUUUGGUGCCAAAAACACUCAAUUUUCUCGAAAAAGAGCGUCGCGUUAAAGUUUGUGAAGAGAUGAUUUCUGACUAUCAGGACAUCAACGAACGCAUUAUUACGGGAGAUGAGACUUGGAUCUAUACUCAUGAUCCGGAAACAACCGACCAAUCGAGUGAAUAUCGUGCUAAAGGCGAGGCAAGACCAAAAAAAUCGUAA